ACAUGAUUAUGUAGCGCUGAGUUAGUGAGGGGAGGAGGCUUUCCGUUUGAAUUUUUUUCUUAUCACACAACACGGACUGACUAAAGACUUGUGACCGUCGUCCACAAAGUCGUAGUGAUGAAUCGCGACGGUCAGGCGUUGCUUGAUGACCUAGGGCUGACAAACCAGCACAUCACGUUCCUAGGUGACGUUCAGGUGAGAGACGAAGACGAAAUCGGCCGGGGAUCGGAUGCAGUGGUGUACAAGGUCAACUGGCAAGGUAUCGAUAUCGCUCUCAAAGUGUUACAUCCUGUGUUGGUUGAGCCAGGUGUUCAAGACAGAGAGCGUAAACUCAGAGCAUUUGGUCAAGAGGUGUUUCGUCUUAGUAGGACGCACCACCCGAAUUUAUGCCAACUGAUAGGACUAGCUCGGGUAAGAGGGAAUGCUGCGUUGGCCCUGGAGUUGUUGUCGGCGUCCCUAGAAGACGUUAGCAUCGGAGAUGGCAGAGAAGAUACUCCUAAGCUCGUGUCGUACCUCUGCGACGCAAGCGCAGGACUUCGCUACCUGCAUUCUUUCGGAAUCAUUCAUCGCGAUCUAGCGCCCAAGAAUGUGCUCGUGAAAAAUGGCACGGCCAAAGUCAGUGACUUUGGUGUUGCUAAAUUUGUGUGCUUGACUUCACCUCGACAACAACCGCACCAAGUCCGAUCGGCCAUGGAGAUGACUCGCUGCCCAGGUACACUGCCAUUUAUGGCACCUGAGGCUUUGAGCGAGGCUCCGGAUUACGAUCGUCCCUUAGACAUGUUUUCGCUUGGUGUAAUGAUGCUGAGCGUUCUAACAGGAGUUAUGCCUGGCAUGGACGUGGUUGCAGCGCCACAGUUCGUCGUCGUGCGAGAGCGGGGCCAAGAAGUUCAAGAAGUGAUUCCGGAGACGACACGCAGAGCACGCUACCUAGCACGUUUGCCGGAUGAACAUCCAUUGAAGCCAUUGAUACGCCGCUGCCUCUCUAACUGUCCCGGGGACCGACCGUCAGCCGAGCAAGCGCACGAAGAGAUCAAAGGUUUCCUGACAAUGUUCAACAGUAUUUUGCCGAGUCAACCAAGCUCUGCUGCUACAGGACUUACCAGGCAGCUAGAGUCGAUUUCACAGCAGCUAUGCCAGCAAGCCUCAUGCAUUGCUGACAUCACCACACGCAGCUCUGCAGUAGAGGACCAGCUCGGCACCAUUGUACAGCGUCUUGGUGAUACCCAGCUUGAAACCACCAGUAUCCGCGGUCAACUGCGGACUACGAGCCAGCAAGUGACUGGGAUAUCCAACCGCCUGGAGACAACGAGCCAGCAAGUGACGGGAAUGUCCAAUCGUCUGGAGACAACGAGCCAGCAAGUGACUGGGAUGUCCAACCGCCUGGAGACAACGAACCAGCAAGUGACUGGGAUGUCCAACCGCCUGGAGACAACGAGCCAGCAAGCGACGGGAAUGUCCAAUCGUCUGGAGACAACGAGCCAGCAAGUGACUGGGAUGUCAAACCGCCUGGAGACAACGAACCAGCAAGUGACUGGGAUGUCCAACCGCCUGGAGACAACGAGCCAGCAAAUGACUGGGAUGCACGACCGUCUGGAUACGACGAACCAACAGGUGACUGAGAUGCGUGACUGCCUGCAGACUACGAACCAACAAGUGACUGAGACGCGCGCACAAGUCACUAGCCAAGCAGGACAUGCAGCAGCAGUAGUUGCCACCCAGUUGACAGACCUACGUGCAGCCAUCAGUGAGCAGUUCAAUGAGACCAACCGAAGCGUGAAUGACCAACUUUCACAACUUCGCUCAUCACUGCAGGUCAGUGCGGGAAGUGACACUGGAUCUGGACGAACGGCAUCACUCGUCGGUACUAGCGGAAGGCACACUUUCAGUGCAGGAAGCAUGGCCAACAGGACAACUGACAUGUCUAGUGUUGGUGAAAACUCUAGACAGCACUCUGCUGCACCCGCCGCACGUUCUCUGGCUCUGACGCCGGGGAUGAUUCAGCGAAUCACGAGAGAGAGAAAGUGGAUCAAAGUACCUACACGAUCUCAUUGUGAUGGUGGGUGUGAACUCAUCAACCACCAGAACACUCUCGUGGCUGUCUGGAAAGAUCGGAAGGGAAUCAUUUCAAGCAUCGCGCAGACUACAGAUAUGCGUCACUGGACUGACCUUCCCCUUCCUCAUCAUUCUGGUCCAUUCAAAUACCCGUCCUUGGCAAGCACUGGUCAGGUUUUGUACAUGUAUUGUUAUGACAAUCGUGAUCAAGCUGUUCUACUGCAGUACACCCAGCGUGAUAGGCAGUGGGUGGAAGUAGCAAAGGGUCCAAAUCAGCAGCACUCGGGGUGUGUUGUUCAUGCUACGGACACUGAUGUUAGUCUUCUAGGUGGCUACAACUUUCAGCCAGGAUCCCUGCCUUCACCUUUAUCACCAGCCAACAAUGUGAGCUGUUACACAUUUUCUUACAGGCAGUGGAACUCCUCUACUGCCAAUUCACCUUCCCCACCUCCACUCCCAUGUGACUGUAGGGAUGCCUCACUUGUAGCCUGCCAUGGUUCACUGUACAUCAUAGGUGGUUCUACUGGGUGUUUCCUCCAGUACACUGGUAAUGGUCAUUGGCAACAGGCUGUAAAACCAGAUGGUGUAGACCUGGUGAAUAGCCUUGCAUGUUCACUGUCUGAUGACAGUCUAGUCAUAGCCAGUGCCCGGGUCACUGCCAGGUUCUGGAUGCAUACAAAGUAUAGUGUGUAUAAUACACGUACAGGGUGUGUCUCUGACUUACCCAAUUUAGAGACUGGGGGUUCUAGCCUUGAAUCACUGGCAAUACUCAAUGGAGUACUGCUACUAAGUUCAAGAAAUGGCAAUCUUUACACCUUGGAUGUUAACCCUUUGAGCCUGGAUGAUGUACAGUGAAACCGUUUUAGGACGAACACCCAGGGACCUUUGGUAUUUGUUUGCAAUACCGGAGGGACCUUUGGUAUUUGUUUGCAAUAACGAAGGGACCUUUGGUAUCAAUCUAUUUUGUAAACUUAGAAGAAAAGAGGACCAAAGGGCACUUCUUAUAAAUGAAUCCUUCCUUGGCUCUGCACCUGAGUCUAAUCAUGUUGUUUACUUACUUCUUUUCACUAAUGUUUAGUUGAUGUUACUUGAUGUUUCCUUUGCAGACUUUUUUCUACUUUACUUUGAAGUACAUGUACAUAGUGAUACAGUAGACUAACUUCAUGUUCCUGUACAUAUCCAUACUUACCAUGACACUGCAUUUCUUGAUUUCUUACCUCUUGAUCUUAUCAUGCUGUUUACAAGUUCUAUUUCAUCUUGGCAGUGAUUGCCUGCUUGGUACACCUUUGACUGGA